AUGAGUGAUCAACUGACACCCGAACAAAUUCAAGAGUAUCGUGAAGCUUUCCAACUUUUCGAUAAAAACGGUGAUGGAAGCGUGAGUGCCGCUGAACUCGGUGUGGUGUUGCGUUCAUUCGGUAUGAAUCCAACGGACGUAGAAUUACAUGAUAUGGUGAGCGAUGUAGACGCUGAUGGCAACGGAAAUAUCGACUUUGAAGAGUUUUUGAGUUUGGUCAAGGACCUGAAAUCUGGAGGAAAAGACACUGACGACUUACGGGAAGCAUUCAAAGUGUUUGAUGCAGAUGGAAAUGGAGUGAUUGACCGUAGUGAAUUGAGAAAAGUCAUGUCAUCUUUGAACGAGAAUUUGACUGAAGAGGAAUUGGAUGCCAUGAUUAAAGAAGCUGAUGCUAAUGGAGAUGGCCAGAUUAGUUUUGAUGAAUUUAAAGCGAUGAUGGGCGGCGGCAAGUAA